AUGCAGCUCGACACGAGCUUCACGCGGAGCCUUCGAGCGGCACUUGACGCUUCGCCAGUAUCGCCAGCAUCACUAGCGGCGGGCGGCACGGUAGCCGAGGCGAAGACGGACGUCCUCCCUCACCUUCCGACGCCGCGGCGCAGUCCUCCACGACUGAACCUCCAGGCGGUGUCGCCAUUGUCGACAGCGAGUCAGGCGGAAGUAUCUGGACCAGCACUGUACAUCCAGCCUGCCUCGCCAGCCGCCUCGAUUUCUGCGGCCCUCUCUACCAGUCCAACCUCUCCCGACCCUAUCCCUGUCCCGUCGACUUCCACGAUCUCGUCCUCGCCUCCGUCGUAUACGCCAUCCUUUCAACCACUUCCUCCACCGACUGCUUCUGCAGGGGGGUUGGCAGCUCGUCGAGCGGCGCGGCUGGGCAAGAAGCGUCUCUCCCUCGUCGUCCCGCCUAAUCCGCAUUCGUCGCUUCCUACCGCAUCUGGCGCACCCCCACAACUCUUGUCGCCUCUCACGCCCUCCUACCUUCACCCAUCCGACAAUCUCGAUGCAGAGACUCGCUCCCUGCCUCCCUCGCCGGUCUCCCUCACCACCUUUAUCGGUCCGGAAGGAUCCGAAGCGCCAGACCGUACUAUCGGUCGACUGAUGUUCAAGCAGCAGGCGGACGAGAUGCGUGAGCAGAUGCGAGGUGGACGCGGGAUGAAGCGGCGAACGUCUAUUCCGCGGCUGAACCUCGUCAAGAGCGGUGCGGCUCUCGCUCAGCCUGCGAAUCUCGACAACCUGGCGCCGGCGAGCAGCGAUGUCGGUACGACCUCCGCCGUCUCGGCCGUUCAGCUCAUUCGGGCGAACGGGGUCGAGCGAGAAGGCGGCGACGACACGCUGGAGGAGUUCCCGUACGCUUUCGGGCCGCGCGAAAUCCUCCCAGGCGUCUUCCUCGGCAGUGAGCAGAAUGCGAAGGACCCUGCGGUGUUGCGGGACUGGAAGAUCGGGUUCGUCCUGAACGUCGCGAAGGAGGUCGACUGCCCUUGGACGGCCGAGUCGAGCGAUGAGGAGGUCGACCCCGAAAUUGAGCAAAUGGCAAACAUGCGCUUGGACGAGGUCCAGGACGCCACGCCGGUCGCCAAGCCGACACCUCGACCGCCUCCGCCUCGACCGUCCGGAUCCAAGCAUCGACGCACCAAGACGCAAGCUGUCAUCCCGUCCACCGGUGUCUCCCCGACGCCGCCAAACGAGCCUUCUCCAUCACGCAUCCCCGUCCGCCCAGCCUUCAUCCGCCCUACAGCCUCCACGCCAAACUUGCACGCCUCCUUCCAGCCGCUCUCGCCCCCUCCCGUCCCUCCCAUUCCAAGUCCCGUCGUUUCUCCCAUGCCGACGCCUACAAACGAACCCGAUGUACCGCAACGCAGUCUCUCGACAUCUCCGCCUCAUUCGCGCCGCCCGACACCACGUCCCGUACCCAUCCGAGCGCAUACGCAUCCGCGUACAACAACACGCUCAGUCGACGCCGUUCGCUUCCCUCCGAACCGUCGCUCGGGUCGGCCCGAACUCGAGUACCUCUGGCUGAAGUGGGGUCACGAUGAGGCGGAUCUAGUGGAAGCCCAGAAGUUCCAGGCGGCUUUCGACUUUCUUGACGAGGCGCGGGAACGCGGCGAACGCACCUUGGUGCACUGCCAGUGCGGUGUGAGCAGGAGUGCGACCGUUAUGAUCGCUUACUGCAUGCGCGAGGCGGCGAAGGCGCUCGAGGAGGGACGGGACGCGAAGGAGCUCGCAGGGUGCACCGGCAUGCACGACACCUACUCGUUCGUCAAGGAGAAGAGCGAAUGGGUCGGCCCAAAUCUCUCGCUCGUCUUCCAGCUCGUCGCCUACGAGCGGACCUUGCGAGGCGAUCACGGCGGGGAAGACGACGCCUUCGCGCAGUCGGCAUACCCUCCAGAACCAUCGCAGGAGGACGACCAAGGCUUGCCGCCUCCUACGCCGGCCGACUCCUUCCGUCCUUUCGCCUUUCCGCUGCCUUCGCGUCACCAGUCGUCUUUCCCCAGUCCUCGCACUCCCAUGUCAGAGGGGUCGUUGGCGGACUCGCAGAUGUCGACGCCGGACUUGCACGACCCGCUCAUCUCGCCGACGUUCAGCAUCGGAACGAGGACGUCCUCAGUCACCUCGACACCUCUCUCUGUCGACCGCCUCUUGCCGCCAUCAGUCCGAAUCGUUCGGAGCGACGAUGGUGCCGAGACAGGCGCGCGGCAUCGUCAGAAUGGCGUCCGUGAUCGGCAUAGCUCCCUCGAAACGGUUGUCGCCGACCAGGACGAGGACGAGCAGCGUGCUGAGGGCAAGGCGGAAAGGGGGGCUUUCGUCCUCUCCAUUCCGGCGCUCUCAGCUUUCGCGCCGCAGUAUGCAGAACUUGCGUCGCCUACGGUCGCCAUUCACCCGCAUCAGCAGCGACCUGAGGGUGACGCACUUACGCAGUCCGCGACUCUUCCGCCUCGCUCGUCUUCCCUGAAACCAGCUGGCGCCCCUACCAUCUCGGUCAGUGGCCUUCCUCCCCUUACCGUACCGCCGCCAGCCGCCGGAGACCCAGCUUCCCUCGGCUUUCCUCCAACAUCUCUGCCUCCAUCGCGCCGCGAGUCGCUCAUCACCCUUACCUCGCCUCUGUCCGCCACUUCGACGACAUCUUCGACUACGUCUCUUUCGAGUAGCGGGCUCGCACGCACGAAUUCGGGCAGGCGCUUCGGUGCGGGCCAGACGCCCAGCGAGCGGAAGGCGAGCCACCGCCGCGUCUGUUCCGACACGAUCCGCGUCCCAAGCCCGCAACUCUUCUCGCCGACAAGCUCGACGGGAGCUGGUGCUAGCCCGCUGUCGGUCUCGACGCCGGAGCUCGGUUCGUCGCCUUCGCGGACAAGAUCGACCGAGGAGGAAGACGCCUAA